AUGCAGAAACAGAAGAAGCAGAAGCAGAAGAAGCAAAAGCAGAAGAAACAGCCAGAAUCAGUCAGGAGCAGCAGAAACAGUCAGAGGCAGAAGCAAAGCAGGAGAAGCAGACAGAAGCAGAAUAAGCAGAAGAAGGAGCAGCAGCAGAAGCAGAAGCAGAAUAAGCAGAAGAAGGAGCAGCAGCAGAAGCAGAAGCAGAAUAAGCAGAAGAAGGAGCAGCAGCAGAAGCAGAAGCAGAAUAAGCAGAAGAAGGAGCAGCAGCAGAAGCAGAAGCAGAAUAAGCAGAAGAAGGAGCAGCAGCAGAAGCAGAAGCAGAAUAAGCAGAAGAAGGAGCAGCAGCAGAAGCAGAAGCAGAAUAAGCAGAAGAAGGAGCAGCAGCAGAAGCAGAAGCAGAAUAAGCAGAAGAAGGAGCAGCAGCAGAAGCAGAAGCAGAAUAAGCAGAAGAAGGAGCAGCAGCAGAAGCAGAAGCAGAAGAAGCAGGCAGAAGAAGUCAGAAGCAGGCAGAAGCAGUCAGAGUCAGAAGCAAAGAAACAGAAGCAGAAGAAACAGAAUCAGAGCAUAUGA